AUGGAAGCGAAUGGAAAGAAUCUUGUCUCCAUCACGUCGCCCGACAUGUUUACGGGGCUGAUGCAGCAGGACUUGGAGCGGGUCACGUUGCUCAACUUUUGGGCGUCUUGGGCACACCCAUGCGAGCCUAUGAAGGCUGCCGUGCGUACAUGGGCGGAAAAGUAUCCAAAUGUCUUGUUUAUGAACAUUGAAGCUGAGGAGCAGCCAGAUGUGGCUGAGUCUUUUGAUGUCGAGGCUGUACCGACGAUCGUCCUUCUGCGUGGCCACACACUAUUAUCAAAGCUGACUGGUGGCCAGCCACAGGCUGUCGAGCAGGCGCUCGAGCUGCAUGCGAAGUCGACUUCUCGGGGGGGGAUGCAUGGAACAAGCAUGUCCAACGCCGCGCGAUCGACUGCUUCUGCCUCUGGUCAAGGCGAAAUGCAAGAAGGUGAUGAUCCAUCGAAGCCACAUGCACUCCCAUCUCAUGUCGAUAUUAGCGGUGAGUCUCAGCAGGAUAUUGAGCAAAGGUGCCGCCAGCUCAUGACACGUUCCACUGUGAUGCUCUUUAUGAAGGGCCAGCCAGGCUUGCCACGCUGUGGCUUUAGUCAAAAGACAGUGUCGUUGCUGCGAGAACAGAAUGUUGAUUUCGACUAUUAUGACAUUCUUUCAGACGAGCAUGUGCGACAAGCGCUCAAGGUUCUGAAUGAGUGGCCAACAUUCCCACAGAUCAUUGUGAAAGGCGAGCUAGUGGGUGGCUUGGACAUCCUCAAGGAACUUAUUGCCUCUGGCGAAUUCCAACAAAUGAUUGGUUCAUAG